AUGGGGGGCCGCGGGCUGCCGCUGCUGCUGGUGUUUUUCCUGGGCGCCGCGGGGCCGCUGCUGCUGYCGGCGGAGCCGGAGGAGCCCGUGAGCGCCGAGCGGAGCCUGGCGUGGGGCCCCGGGCUGGACGCGGGGGUCACCCUGCCCGUGCGGUAUUUCUACAUCCAGGCGGUCAGCGCKGCCGGACGCAACUUCUCCCGCUCCCCUCCAGGGAGAACACAAUUUAAAGUGAUAAUUAAAGCACUUUCUCCAAAAGAAGCCACCAGAAUUUACACCCCUCGGCCUUUGGAUAGAAAUGAUGGUACAUUUCUCAUGAGGUAUCGGAUGUAUGGAAGUGUCACAAAAGGCUUAAAAAUCGAGAUACUCUAUGGUGAUCAGCAUGUGGCUCAAUCACCUUACAUUUUGAAAGACCCAGUUUAUCAUGAAUAUUGUGACUGUCCUGAAGAAGACCCUGAGGCCUGGCAGGACGUUAUGUCCUGCCCAUCCCAAGAACCUCAGAUUACAGAGGACUUCAYUUCAUUUCCCACCAUUGACCUGCAGCGAAUGCUUAAGGAAAUCYCAGCAAAGUUUAGCCAGACAAGAGGUGCUAUUGUCCAUUACACUAUUCUCAAUAAUCGCAUCUACCGCCGCUCCUUAGGGAAGUACACAGACUUCAAGAUGUUCUCCGAUGAAAUGUUCCUGUCACUGGCCAGAAAGGUUCGUCUUCCUGAUGUGGARUUUUAUCUUAAUGUUGGAGACUGGCCAGUGGAGUAUCGGAAAGCUAAUGACACGCCUGGUCCUGUGCCUGUCAUCUCCUGGUGUGGCUCUGUGGAUUCCAGAGAUAUCGUCCUUCCRACCUAUGAUGUAACCCACUCAACUCUGGAAACCCUGCGUGGAGUCACUAAUGAUCUSCUCUCCAUUCAAGGAAAUACAGGUCCCAUCUGGGAAAACAAAACUGAGCGGGCUUUAUUCAGAGGUCGAGACAGCCGAGAGGAACGUCUCCAUCUUGUCAAGUUAUCCAAGGAAAAUCCACAACUAUUGGAUGCUGGAAUAACAGGAUAUUUCUUCUUCAGAGAAAAAGAAAAAGAGCUGGGGAAGGCUCAGCUGAUGGGCUUCUUUGACUUCUUUAAGUACAAAUACCAAGUGAAUGUAGAUGGCACCGUAGCAGCUUACAGGUUCCCAUACCUCUUGCUGGGUGACAGCCUGGUAUUGAAGCAAGAUUCCCAGUACUAUGAACACUUCUAUAUUGGAUUAAAACCUUGGAAACAUUAUGUUCCAGUGAAGAGAAACUUAGAGGACUUGCUAGAGAAAAUAAAAUGGGCUAAGGAAAAUGAUGAGAAAGCAAGACAAAUUGCUAAAGAAGGACAGUUAACAGCAAGAGAAUUACUUCAGCCUCACACAUUUUACUGCUACUAUUACAAAGUGCUCCAGAAAUAUGCUGAACGCCAAGCCAGCAAACCUGAAAUACGGGAUGGAAUGGAACUUGUACCUCAGCCUGAUGACAUGGACUCGGUGUGCAGUUGCCACAGGAAAAAGCCUUUAAGGGAAGAUCUGUAACUGUACUGGAUGGAGGAAAUCACCCAUUUAAAAUGCAGGAAUAGGAAUUAAGCUGUGAAAUCUAAGACACUUAUGCACUAGCAGACAUUCUUAGUUAUGUAUUCUUGUAUUUUCAUACCCUUUUUCAUGUUCACUCUGAUCUACAAUGCUGGUUCCCACAAUUUUGGCUCCAUGACCACCACCAGACAGAUACUGAGCCUGCAGUGGGGAGCGUCUGGGGGAGUUUUUUGAUGUACUGGAUCAUCAGGAAAAAGAGCACAGAGCUGCUCGYGUUUCAGAUGGGACCUAUUUACCCAAGUUUUAUGAGGAACCACAAAAGAUCUKGCCAUGAAUCAGUGGAGCAUUUGUGAUACAUUAAAACAGUGUUACAAUUUCUUCAUAMA